AUGUUGCUAAUGGUGACGUCAAGCAGGGCUUAGCUGUCGAGCACGAACCGAAAAUAGCCCGCCGUUGCUUGUGGCAGGAAGUACCAAAGUGAAUACGUGAAAAUUUGGAUUUGUGGUUUAUUUCAUUGUUCGUUACACGUCAGGUGGAGAACUGAAUGUUUGGAACAGCGUGAUAGAAAAUGGCAGAGAUCCCCAUUGAAAUGGAAAUAUUUGUAUUCCAACCCUGAUCAGAUUUUGUACUGGCCGAGUUAGUAACGGUGAACAGGAUGAUGGAUUAAAACUUUCUGGAUUGGAUACUGAAGCCACAAUGAAGGAGGUCUCGGAUCUUCCCAAUGGAGAGGAGAGGAUCCCUCGGGAAUCUACAGUCAGUGAACCCACAGAAGGCAGGCAUGAACGAAUGACUCCAUAUCAAAAGCUAUCCUUAGAUCUCAGCAAUGACCAUAAGUGCUUGAAGGAGAUAACUCUAGGCAAAAGAAUAGGGUUUUAUCGAAUUCGAGGGGAACUAGGGAGUGGCAACUUUUCACAGGUGAAAAUGGGGAUACAUGCCCUAACAAAAGAGAAAGUGGCAAUAAAGAUCCUUGAUAAAACAAAACUGGAUCAGAAGACUCAGCGACUUUUGUCACGAGAGAUCUCAAGCAUGGAGAAGCUUCACCAUCCAAACAUAAUCCGUCUUUAUGAGGUGCUUGAAACACUAGCCAAACUACACAUUGUCAUGGAAUAUGCAGGAGGAGGAGAGCUUUUCACAAAAAUCUCCAACGAAGGCAAAAUGCCCGAACAAGAAGCCAAACAUAUAUUUGCUCAAGUGAUAGCUGGGGUGGAGCACAUGCACAAGCAUAAUAUCAUUCACAGAGAUCUGAAGGCUGAGAAUAUAUUCUACAAUGGACCAAAGAGUGUGAAAAUUGGUGAUUUUGGAUUCAGUACGAUAAGCAAAGUAGAUCAGACACUUAAUACGUUUUGUGGGUCACCACCUUACGCAGCUCCUGAACUCUUCAAGGAUGAGAGUUACUGUGGUGUCUAUGUAGAUAUCUGGGCUUUAGGAAUCAUGCUGUACUUUAUGGUAACAGGAGUCAUGCCAUUUAGGGCCGACACAGUAGCCAAAUUAAAAAAGUGUAUCUUAGAGGGAAAUUAUAUCAUCCCAUCAUACAUAUCGGACAGUGGGCAAUUUCUCAUUAGAAGUAUCAUGAAGCCAGUUCCGCAUGACCGAUUUUCUAUACGAGAAGUCCGUAAUAGUGAUUGGUUAGAUGGUCAAGACUUUCCAGAAGCGCUACAACCAUAUAAUCUGAUGCCAGGAGCUGAUACAUCUACACUUUCUCCAGAUGAAAAGGAGGCUCGUGUCAUGUUGCAUGAUCUUGGAAUCGUUGACGAACAUUUGAAAGGUUCGGGGCAUAGAGAUUCCCGAAGUUCUAUCACAGGGACCUACAGAAUAUUAUUACAUCGUGUGCAGAAAACAAAUUCUGGCUUAGAUGAUUCUGGUAUUGAAAGCUUUGGGAAAACAGACGACCCUGGAAAUAACAACAGAGAACGGUACCAGGCGAAACCUCAACGAGAAUCUAAGUUUUGUGUUAUUCUGUAAUAAUGUGCAUCAUAUAUAGCUACAAAGUCUGUUACCGCAGUUAUUCUAAAACGAUUGCUUAUUUUUCUGUGCUUUUUUAGUGUCUUCAUAUUUAGCUACACAUGCAAUUGUUAAUUUUUGUUUCAGACUUGACAGGAUGAAAUUUGUAAUUAGAAAAUGUUUUGGGUUUUGACCAGACACAUCUUCAGGAAACAUGAUCAUUUCAAUAGUGCAAUUUACCAAUACCUUGUGUUCACAAAAAUGUGUUUUCCAUUUUAUUUUCAUUUUUAAUCAGUUGAAAAAGACAUUGUAAAAUUAAGUGAAAACACCAUUUUUACCUGUUCAUAAAGUUCAGCACUGUCUAUAUAUAUUGAUAUAUUGGAGCAUAAGGAUUUUAACAAGUGUAAUAAUCUCUAAAAUGAUAUAAACUCAGAAAUAUGUAUUUUGUCAUAAAGUCCUAAGUAAGAUCUCAACUAUGUGGUAAAAUUAAAAUAGCCAUUGUCAGUGUAUGGCUGAUCAUAAGUUCACUACUAAUCUGAUUGUCCCACUAUCCAACGAGUGUUUAAGGGGACAAAUUGUCCCACAAUCUAGCGAGUGUAUUAGGGGGAAAAAUUGUCCCACAAUCGAAAGCUUCAUUGGUAGGAGCCCGACAAAGUUGGAGAAAGAAAAUGACCUUGACCUUCUUUCAAGGUCACAGGGGUAAAA